GAGAAAACCGAAUUAACUGAUGAAUUGAGGAGAGGCAUAAGAGGUUGAGGACGUGGUUGUUGAAUGAUGAGUCAUGAGUCUGGCUUUAUUUAUUAAUUAAGAAAAAAAAUUGGCAUGUGUGAUGAGUGUGAAUGCUAAUUCGUAUUAAAAUCCACACACAUAUGACAUUAUAUUGGGAAUCUUGGGGCUUCAUCAAGCUUCAAGUAACCUUUGCUCCAAGCAAUUCUUCUUCCUUCAUACAAAUCCAUCUCUUGUAAGACACAAUUCAAUUCAAGAAUGGCAGUUACACAUGCUGAUCUCGAACCAAACACAGGGAAGACAUGUUUGAUGAGCAGCAAAACUGGUGUGUUCCUCGUACUUGUCACAAUCCUAUUGGGACUCUCCUCCUUCACUCUCUGCCUCAUAGCAGAAGCCACACGUUCUCAGGUGACAUGGAUGAACACAAGAAAAACAGAAUGUGUAUACAGAAGUAGCGGGAAAACGCCAUUGGUAUGUGCUGCUUGUGCUUUUGUUGUGCUAGCAAUCGCCAUGGUUAUGGAGCAUACUUAUCUCUUAAUCGCAGUUAGUAAAUCAUCUCCAACCUUACUUCACUUGGAUCCUGAAUCCCCUUCUGCCAACUCCUUAGCCUCCCAUGCUGGAUUUUUCUUCAUCGCUACCUCAAAUUAA